AUGGCUCCCAAGAAGCUCACCGACCAUCUCCUCGCCCACAGCCCGGAUGCCUUCACCUCUGCAACCAACCACCCGUGGCUCCGUCUGGCUGGCACCUCGAAGCUUCCCACUCCAGCUCUGUUAGCCUGGCUCACUCAAGACCGCCUUUACAUCUUCUCGUACAUUCCCUUCAUGGGCAACAUGCUCUCCAAAACCUCCAUCCCUUCUACCUCGUCCCGUGAGAAGACACUCGAAUGGCGCGUCGCCGACUGCUUCAUCAACGCCCUCACCAACGUCCGCAGGGAGCUAGGCAUGUUCGAAGAUGUCCUGAAGGAGCAUUUCGAUUGGAAAGAAGGAGGGGAGACAGCGACGAAAGAGACGAGAGCAUAUCAGGACAUGUUUGCCGGUGCAGGUGCUCCAAACCAGAGCAUCCUCGUCGGCCUGACAGCUCUCUGGGCUACGGAAAUAUGUUAUCUUACCGCAUGGAGAUAUGCCUUGAGCUUCAAAGAUCAAGUACCCGAGGACAAGAAGACACAUGUGCUGCAUACCACGCUCAUACCUAAUUGGACUUGUGACGAGUUUGAGGAGUUUGUUGUCGGUAUUGGCGAGCUGCUCGAUGAGCUUGCUGAGAACAUCGAUGAAGGCAGCACAGAAUGGGUCAAGUGUGAGCAAAUAUGGGAGCAAGUCUUGUGGGCCGAGGAGAACUUCUGGCCAAAAGUGACACAAGAGUAG